CUGUGAUGUAUGGUACUGUUUGUCAUGGCGGAUAUUUUAGCACUCGUGUUUAGGACGUUCAUGUCAAAAACAGGUUUAAAGGAAGACCUCAAAGUCGCGCCUCCAUCACCCACAAGCGUCGGCACGCUGUUGCUGGGAGACCACAGCGUCAGCCGCUCUGUGCUGCUUCUCGCGGCCGUGACGGCUGCAGAGACGGGCAUGAAAGUGAUGUUCUUCACCGCGACACCAAUUCAAAGCCUGCCAGCGUCUCUGCAGAAACGUAUACCCAGUGUGAGCCCAGAGAGUCUGAAGAAAAUCAAGUUUUGCUAUCCCUGCAGAGUGGAGGAGCUGCUUCAGCAGUUGGCCAGCCUUCACGAGUCCAUCAGCAUGUCUCCUACACCUCCCUCACUGAUCAUAAUUGACAGGCUGGAGGGCUACUUGUGCAGUCCUGUAGGCGGCCUCACCACUGGAUUUUACCCAGGAGAGCUGUCCUGUGCAGCACACCUCUCUGCAUUGCUGUGUGACACUGCUGCCUUCCUCACACAACUCCUGAAACAACGCUCCUCCAGUUCGGCCCCCUGCCGCUUCAUAGCCUCCUUUCAGUCAGAAGUGGAUACUGGGCAAGCAGGUGGAGAGGCCGCUGCAACAGAUCCGAUCCUUGAUGUCCUUGAUCGCUAUUUCCAGGUUCGUUGUACUCUGGACAAAGACAGAAGCUAUGAAGCUCCAGCAGCUGGACUACAGGAGGUGUGGCACAUUUUCCUCUCCGGGACAGGGAACACACAACCCUCUUGUACCACAGACCAUAAGGACAGGCUAAGUGAAAACCAAGAGUGGCAGCUGUUAAUUUUUCCUGAUGGAUUAAUGGAGUUUAAAUUGGUUUGAAUAUGUUUGCCCCAAUCACUUGAGCAGUGGGGGAGUUUCUGAGAGUCAUUUUGUUCACGCAGGAACUAGUUUUGUUCUGAAAAGUGCUGAUAAGUGUUUGGCAUGGCUCAGCAUUGUGUUAAAGCAGUUAGCGAUUUCUAACAGUAAUGCUUCAGUAUAAUAGAACCUGCUGCUCUUUAUCUUGUCAGUUUCUCGUCGUUCCUGCUCAGAGAGCAG